GCUCGGGGGGGUGUUUUCGUUAGUGUGAGCCGCUUUAGUGUUUUCUGCUCUUAUGGGUUUGAGAGGAUAACGUCUCCGUCUACCGCUGCAGACUCAGCUCAGUCUUUUCUGAGCUGCUGCUUGGCUUUAUAGCUGACACUGACCUUGUAACUGCCUACGUACAAGAAGAUAAAACCAUGGGAAAUACAAGUAGUGAGAGGGCUGCAAUGGGCCACGGGGAAAAGGCUCAGCGAAGAGACAGCCGAGGCAUAAAGGAGGGGGAGAGGCCAAAAAUCCUGAUGGACAGCCCCGAGGAUGCAGAGAUUUUUCACGGUGAAGAUAUGAAAGCUCCUUUAGAGAAAGAAGAGUUCCUUGCAUGGCAGCAGGACUUAGAAGCAGAAGACAAAGGGCCAACUUUAGACCGACCAACAGUCUUUCGCUGGACUGGAGAUGGCAAGGAGGUCUACCUCUCUGGAUCCUUCAACAAUUGGGCCAACAAAAUUCCUCUUAUUAGAAGUCAGAACACAUUUGUGGCCAUUGUUGAUCUACCUGAAGGUGAGCAUCAGUACAAGUUUUAUGUGGACGGCCAGUGGACCCAUGACCCAGCUGAGCCAGUUGUAACCAAUCAGCUUGGCACAGUCAACAAUGUCAUCCAAGUCAAGAAAACUGACUUUGAGGUGUUUGAUGCUCUAAUGGUGGACUCGCAGAAAUGCUCUGACAUGUCAGACCUCUCCAGCUCGCCUCCUGGGCCAUAUCAUCAGGAUGCCUAUGCUCCGAAACAGGAAGAGAAGUUUAAGUCUCCACCCAUCCUUCCACCACACCUGCUACAGGUCAUCCUCAACAAAGACACUGGAAUUUCUUGUGACCCUGCAUUACUCCCAGAACCCAACCAUGUGAUGCUCAACCACCUUUAUGCUCUUUCCAUAAAGGAUGGGGUGAUGGUACUCAGUGCAACACAUCGCUACAAGAAGAAGUAUGUUACCACCUUACUAUAUAAGCCCAUCUGAUUCAAGAUCAAGUUCAAGACUUUAUAAAUUCUGUUCCAGUGUGUUAACUGUACACUGAGUGUACAAAAUAUUAGCUCCACCUGUCUUUUCCAUAGCGUAGAGAGGACAGGGGAGUCCAGGCUCAUAUCGCUUUGGGGUUUCACCUCUUAAUUCCACAUGCUAACUUAAAGAAGCAGCUCUAAAAGAGGUGAAGUUAUAUUUGUAAAUUUAACUUUCAUUUGCAGAAAAAAAUUAGGAAUAGUAUUUACUGAGGGAAUGUACUGAAACAGCGCAUAAGCUAAGAUGGAAUCAAAUGAUAAAGUCAGACAUGCAUGUACAGCAAAAAGUCAUAUUGCGUCAAGUUUUAUUCAUAUAGCUCAGUGUCACAAGCCAGUUAUCGUACACAUCUGUUUACGAUGAUGUCACCUAGUCACUCCAGUCCUAAAUGAGCUUCCUUUCUGUGCUCACUGACUGCCCCCUGUAGUUUUUAACACUGUUUUUGCUUAGUAAACCUAGAGAGGCACUGAGAUAGGACACUAUGCCAGGUCUGUAAUCCAAGCACACAAAAAUAUAAGGUAAUACCUGGAAAACCAGGCUGAAACACCUGAGAUACGUGAGGCUGCUAUCGUCUUUUCCAUGGUUGAGGAACCAAUGGUGGAACAGUCAAGAAUCAAAUCAACGAUGGGGAAAAAAAUUGCACUGCAGUGGUGUUUCACUGUUUCUUUUGCUUAUUUAUCUUGAAACUGAUGAGCACAAUAGAUAUAUAUUCACUUUAGUUGAUGAUGUGGUUUGUUUGGUUGUCAAAAAUUUCAGUGUUGUGGACAAGACUAAUCGAGACAACUUUCUUAAUUAAGACUUAGACAAUGUAGUUGAGACCAAAACCAUAACAUUUCAUUAUUUUUUCAUACAUUAAUUUCAUCUCAGUUUUAAAAUUAUUAUAUUAGUUGUGCACUAUGAUAAUAAAUGUUUAUUUUAUGUUGAAUAUGUAUAUUUUAUGUAGAAUAUAUUCACAGUGUGUGCAUAUUUACUGCACAGUAAUGUUUCAGAACACUAAUACUUAACCCUUUUGAACAUUAUGCAGGUUUUGUAGUCUUCACACUGAUAUACCUUUGCACAUGUGCAAUAGUUUUUCAACACUUUUUUCACUGAAUCUAAGUGCAUUCUAAAAAUGAAGUCUCCCCAGCUUCCUUACACUGCUAAUCUUUAGUGGCAAGGAAGGUUUCUAUAAAAUGAAACUUCUGAUCAAUUCAUUGUUGAAAAGAAGAAGAAGAAAACAUUUAACAGGAAUCAGAAGGCUGAAGAUAUGAGACAAUGAAAGUCGUGUGACUAAAACUGACUUGAAGAACCAUAACACUGACCAUAAUGCUGUCACUGUUACUGCAGGUUUGUGUGGUAUGUACUGUAGGAGUAAUUGCCAUAAACAUAUGAGGCCAUAUUUAUUAUCAGCCAGGAGGGCAGAGAGUGCUGAAACUGAUGAUCUCAGAAAAUCUCUCAUUUGUUUGUGUUGCUUCUGUUAUUGUUUCAGAACUAGUGUGGUAAUGAUUUAUUGAUGGGAAGACAUUCAGAUAAGUUGCAAUACCAUUAAAAUGUGAGCCCUUGAACCAUGCUGGUGUGUACACAUUUACCAUUUUUGAGAGAUCUUUUAUUAAAGGUUAAGCUACAGUAAAAAA